AUGGGGAAGAUUGAAAUGCCCAUUCUCACUAUUUUGGAAAACGACCUCAUAUGCUUUCAAUUUAGACGGCCAAAAUCAGUGGAGUGGAUUCUAUUGCGUGGACCAUGGCAUUUCGGUGGCAAGCCUAUGCUACUCAGAAAAUGGACUCCAGGUAUUGUUCCUGAAUCCUUUGUGUUUAAUUCAGUUCCGGUUUGGAUUAGAUUGGGAAAAAUACCUAUGGAGUUAUGGAUAGAAGCUGGGUUGGCUGUUGUAGCGAGUGCUGUGGGGAAACCUAUAUCUUUAGAUUUGACCACUAAGGAGCGUCGUAGGCUCUCAUAUGCUCGUGUUUGUGUUGAAUUAGAGGGAGGGUCAAAUAUGCCUGCUGGAAUUACUGUUAGUCUCAGAGGAGUGGAUUUUAAUGUUUCGAUAAAUUAUGAGUGGAAACCACGAAAAUGUAAUUUGUGUUGUGCCUUUGGGCAUUCUGGUAGUAAGUGUUCUAGAAGUGUGGAGAGUAAAACCAUACAGGAGGAGGUUGUGCACAAGAUUAUACAUGGAAAAGGGGAUGGAUUAGACAGUAAACCUUGCGGGGAAGUUGUUCUUGAAUCGUUCAAACAGUUAGAGGAAGGUGAAAUUAGGAGCUCUCCUAAUAGACAUAACAGUAAAGUGGAGAAGGGGGUGGGUAAAAGUGAUGAAUUUACCCUUGUAACUCGCAAGAAGAGUGAGUUAGUCUCUGUUAGAGAUUGUGGUAAAAGUAUGGAGGUGAUUAUGCCAAACUCUUUUGGUAGUCUCUUGGAGGAUUACAUACGCUUAAUAAUUCUCAUGAUUAGUUGGUGGACUUGGAAUAUACGUGGUCUAAACCACCAGAUGAAGAGUAAGACAGUUUUUGAUUUUCUGGAGUCUUCCUUUGUGGGUUACAGUAAUAGUGGGGUUGGUCAGAUUUGGGUGAUGUGGAAGAAGAAUCGAUUUUCUUUCUCUACUCGUGUGGUGGAUGAGCAGUUUGUUACAGUAAUUGAGAGACGUUUAUUAUGGCGUCGGUUAGUUGAGAUUACUUCUGCUUGGUCGAGCCCAGGGGUUGUCAUGGGAGAUUUUAAUGCUAUUAGAGUUCAUUCUGAAGCAUUUGGAGGAUCUCCUAUUCAGGGUGAGAUGGAGGAUUUUAAUCUGGCUAUUCGCGAUGCUGAUUUAGUAGAGCCUUCGGUGCAGGGGAACUGGUUCACUUGGACUAGUAAGGUUCAUGGGUCUGAGAUGUUGCGUCGACUAGAUCGUGUUUUAGUGAAUGAUGUUUGGUUAUCUGCAUGGCCUACUAUGUUGGUAAAUGUGCUUCCAUGGGGUAUUUCCGAUCAUUCUCCUAUUUUAUUCUAUCCUAGCUUUCAGCUAAAUAGUAAAGUGGUGUCUUUUCGGUUCUUCAAUCAUUGGGUGGAGGAUCCUUCUUUUAUUGAGGUGGUUGCUAGGAUGUGGAGUUGGCAUGGGAGUGUCUCUCCGCUAGUGAGCCUCAUGAGAAAUCUUCAUCAUCUCAAACCUACCCUACGUAGGCAGCUUGGUAGGCACAUCCAGAGUCUUAGUAAGGAGGUGCGCAUUGCUAAGGAGGCCAUGGAUAGGACGCAGAGAGAUGUAGAACGUAACCCUAUGUCGGAUGUUUUGAGUCGCCAAGCAAGCCUUGCUACUGAGACUUUCUGGACAGCAGUUAGAUUGGAGGAAGCCUCUCUUCGUCAGAAAUCCAGAAUUCGAUGGUUAAAACUUGGUGAUUAG